AUGCAGGGCUUCAAUAUGGGACGUUAUGUACCUCCUGAUCAGGAAGGAAUAAUGAGCGGAAAUCAACUGCACGGCAAACAUGCUUUAGGCGCUCGAGCGAAUAAGGUUUCCCUGGGUAUCUUAACUGUACGGUUCGAGAUGCCGUAUCCAAUCUGGUGCACGCACUGUCCGAAGCCUACAAUAAUAGGACAAGGAGUGCGGUUCAACGCGGAGAAAAAGAAAAUCGGCAACUAUUUCUCGACGCCGGUAUACAGUUUUCGCAUGAAACAUAUUACCUGUGGAGGUUGGAUCGAGAUACGGACGGAUCCAAAGAAUACAGCUUAUGUGAUAACUGAAGGGGCGAGGAAACGAGAUACCGGAGAGCAUAAAGUUACGGAAGGGGAUACCAAAAUUUUGACCGACGAAGAAAGGGAGAAGCUAAGAGCCAAUGCAUUCGCAUCUUUAGAGGGAAAAAUUGAGGAAAGAGAAAGGCUAGUAGGUAGCAAGAAACGGCUGGAAGAAUUACAAGAUCUCUCCGAACAAUGGGAAGACCCAUAUGAAACGAAUAGAAAGUUGAGGAAUACCUUUCGGGAAGGGAGGAAGACGCGAGAAAAAGAAGCUGGCGUAGCAUCUGCAUUACAAGAUAAAAUGAGUUUAGGCCUUGAUAUAUUGCCAGAGCACGAUGAAGAUGUACGGAGGGCCGGUUUCAUUGAAUUCGGGAGUAAUGAUUCUUUGGACAGUAUCACUAAGGCAAUCUCGAAGCCUCUUUUUCAGAGCGAUAGCCAACCUUCCAAAACUGAGGGAAAUGGCAAAACGCUCUCGCGACGAAAGCAGGCUGAGGCACUGGCUGCAAAACAACGUAGCGAUGCCGUGGCCGAGAUAAGAGGUAAUACAAGAGCUGCGAUAGAUCCAUUCCUCUUGAAUAAUCACUCAAACGUCUUCAAGAGCACGCCAAAACUCGUGUUGGCUGGAAUUAAGAGGAAAAGAUCUAACCUAGUUCUUGAAGAUGCUCCAUCAAAACCAAAGGUAGCUGGUUUGGUCGAUUAUGAUUCCGAUGAUUGA